CCUUUUUCUCUCUGUACCACAGAUUUUUCCUAUAUAUGAGUAGGUAUGAUAGAAGUUAUUAUAAUAUAGAAUCCAAUAUUGAUCAAGAAAUAAAGGAUGUGUACUACUAACACUUCAGUACUUGAUUGCUUCAACCCGGAUGCAAAAUUCAACAUGCGUGAUCGAAACACUGCAAAUUAUCAUCCUAGUAUUUGGAAGGAUUAUUUCCUUCAAUAUGCUUCACAAUCCAUGGAAUUUGAUGAUGAAACGAAGGCACAAAUUGAAAAACUGAAGAAACAAGUUGUCAAAAUGCUUAUUGAUGUCUCUAAGCCCAUUGAAGAAAUACUUAACUUGAUUGAUUUAAUCUGUCAUUUGGGGAUUCAUUAUCACUUUGAAAGCGAGAUUGAUGAAUUGCUGCAACAAAUUCACAAGAAUUAUACCAAAAAUGGAGAAAUAAUAAUUGUUGAUGAUAACCUUCGCUUACUUGCUUUGCUUUUUAGGUUAUUAAGGCAACAAGGAUAUCACGUUUCACCAAAUGUAUUCAACAAAUUCAAGGAUGAUGAGAAUGGAAACUUCAGUGAAAAACUUGUGAAGGAUGUGGAGGGAUUGCUAGAAUUGUAUGAAGCAUGUCAUGUCAGAAUUCAUGGAGAAGAGAUAUUAGAUGAAGCUUAUGCAUUCACUUCCACUCAACUUAAAUCCAUUGCAACCCAAUUGAAGGCUUCUCUUGCAGCACAAGUCAAGUAUAGUUUAAGGCAACCUUUACACCAAGGUUUGCCGAGAUUGGAGGCACGGCGUUUUAUUUCAAUAUAUGAAGAAGAUCCAACCCAUAAUCCCACUUUACUCACUCUUGCAAAAUUAGAUUUUAAUUUCCUACAAAACUUGCAUCGGAAAGAAGUUGGCAACAUUUGCAAGUGGUGGAAGAAGCUUGAUGUUGCUGCAAAUUUUCCAUAUGCUCGAGAUAGAAUUGUGGAAUGUUGUAACUGGGUUGUAGAGGUUUAUUUUGAGCCCCAAUAUUUUCAAGCUAGAAAAAUAUUGACAAAACUGUUGGCUUUUACGUCAAUUAUUGAUGAUACAUACGAUGCUUAUGGAACUAUAGAUGAAUUGAAACUUUUCACUUAGGCAAUUGAAGGGUUGGUAAGAAAUUACAGGGUAAAGUACAAAGACGUUUGGGCGUGUUUUGGUUCUUAAG